AUGAGCAAGCCGGAGCCACUCUAUAGGGUUAACAGUAGACCACGGUCGAGCACUGUCACUGGUCUCUGGAGAGACCUCACGAACGGCUCUUCUUCAUGCUCGCCGUUCGUUCAGCUUUCAUGUUCUCCGCGUGUGAUUAUGGCUUUGACCCCGCCCCGGAGCCCAAGUCGACCCGCUUGGCCCCUGCCGUCUAUUGUGUCGGGAUCCUUCGGGAAUGAAUCACGAGCUGAUAGCGUUGACCGUGCCGACACUUUCACUGGACUCGAGGACUUCGUCGGUGACGACGAGCCCCUGGGUACGACGACACCAUCUGCCGUCUCUAUGACCGACUCCAUGGCCCGUCGUAGACUGCGAGUGAGAACGACGAGCAUUCCCCGUGCACGGGCCCCCAGCAACGUUCUGCAGAUUGAGAUAUAUACCCGACAAUGGGCUCUCGUUGAGUCCAAAGCGUUUCUAUUGCAAAGGCUCCUCAUCACAGUGUUCUGGUGUGCUCUUUAUGUACAUUUUACCAAGUACCUUUACAGAGACGAGGUUUGCGACCACGAUUCCUACGAGACAACGUUCAUACAUAAGCUGCUCGGCUACGGAUGGAGAUGCAAAUGGCUCACUGAUAGGAUACCGGACUGGCACGUCCCCAUGGAGAGGGUGUUUUUAUGGGUCGUCAAUCUUGACUUCUGCGUAUCGCUGAUUACAGCUAGGGAGAAGUUCAAGUGGCUGAAGCGACUCUCAACCAUAUUGGACAUCUUUACAAUGCCGCUUUUCAUGCUCGUGGUCCGAUGGGCUCUCGCCAUCGAUCCAGAAGAUUACCUCUCACUAUAUGGGUACACGAGGUUUAUGCGUCUCUAUGGGCUGCAUCGAACACUGGAACGCAUAGCAACAUCAACCUCUGAAAUCACGCUGAAGAUCAUAUCUAUCUCACUCGGAGUCCUCGGCAUCAUUUUCACUUUCUCUGGUGCUAUGUUCAACGAAGAGGCCCCCGCUGGCCUCAAAGGGGAGUUCACAGCGUUUUUCGAUUACGUUUACUUCUUUGUGGUCACCCUCUCGACUGUAGGCUAUGGUGACUUCGCCCCAGUCACUGGAUUCGGGCGCAUGUUAUGUAUCAACGCCAUCGGGAUAGUGGUGAUAUUCAUACCUGCUCAAAUUCGCGAGCUGAACACCUUAAUACGUCAGCCACGAGGCCAGAUAGGCGUUAUCCCCUCGCGAAAAACCUUGGGUGUCGACGGCAAGUUUGUGCUCGUUUUAACGGGCAAACUGUCUGCGGACGAACUCGACACUUUCAUCUGGGAACUCGCUCAUAGCCACGCGCUCUACUGCCACAAUGUUGUCGUUUUCACGACAUCGCCCAUGAAAGAUUUCGAGGAAGCCGUGGCAGAGGCACUGUCCAAAUUUGGAAUAAGAAUCUGCAUGAAAGCUGGGGACACCGCUAGUGGGGUUUCCCAGGAUCUCUGCAAGCUCCGCUGGGGUAUGGUAGGAGCUGUUAUCGUCCUCAGCGACCGUCGCUGUGGCUCUUGCGAGGUUGCAACCCCUCUCUCUUGCGAGCAAGUUUGUGAGGACCACCGCAGUGUUGUGCGAUGUCUGCACGUUCGGAAGUUCUGGGAUCAAGGCUUCGGUCUUUCAUGCCACUUGUUGAGAGAAGGCUUCUGCAGGAGCUCUCGCGGCAGGUUCUCUACGUUGUUCUGCAACAUGUUUAAAUCUCUCGCGCUCCCUGCCGGUGCACCACCCCAUAAGAUGCUGAGCGAGUUUCCCUGGGUCCGCAAAUGGCAGCAGUAUCAAGCACGUAUCAGAUCAGGCAGCUCGGCGGAAAUCCCGCAGUCACCUCUAUUUCCUGGUUUUAAAGAGUACCUGAACGGUGCUAUGAUGUGUGUGUAUCGUAUAACUUGCCCACCCUUCGUGGCAACUGCGACAUCUCCCUACAAGUUCGAAGAGCUUCUACUAUUAUUUGCGGACCAUUCACGAGUCUGUGUCUUCGGCACUGAACGAAUGACAUCAACAGGGCACAUGCUACUGAAUCCUUCCGGACAGGAAAUCAGCGCCGAAGAUGUUCUGAUAAUCCUCGCUUCGAGUGCGAGAAGAGCUCUUGAAAUACAAGCAAUGAGAUCACAUGCGGUCACCGGAGCGGCACCACACGGAUACAACCAUCUCACGUGGGGACUUCCGGCAUACUUUGAGUGGGGACACUCGCUCGAUCCCAGGGGACAGAUCCCUGGAAGGCCGGAGAGCGUGUCACGGAGGAUAUCGGAAGAUGAUACAGAAGGAUCAACAAAGAAGAAGCGUUCUUCAAGCGCCGGAGCUGUCCUAACCCGAGAUAUGUCGGACAAGCUUGCAGAUCUGGGACUUAUCGAUGGGCAAAAUGGUGGACCCGACAGGGCGAACAAGGCUGGAAGUCUACGGAGGCAGAAAACGUUCGCCGCUACUGGACGGAGAGCAAUUAAUGCUUUCAAAUCUAUGGGAAGCGUACACUAUAAGGGAACACAUACUGCAUAUGAUUUCUGCUACGCUGUCGUAGAUAUUCGCUUUAUCACCUCACUCAAGCUCUGGCACAGGGACUAG